AUUGUGGGAGAGAGAGGAGUGAUUGACGUGGCGGCCAUUUUGCCGCUGGCCGCUCGCUUCCCAUUGUGUGUGUGAUAGUAAAUACUGAGAGUGCCAGGCAAAGCUCUGCACAUAUUUCACUGCGCCAAAUUAAACACAUUGGGUCGAAGAUUAAAGAAGCAUGGCUCGUACCAAGCAGACCGCCCGUAAGUCCACAGGAGGUAAAGCUCCUCGCAAGCAGCUGGCCACUAAAGCCGCUCGUAAAAGCGCCCCCUCUACUGGAGGAGUGAAGAAACCUCACCGUUACAGGCCCGGCACGGUGGCUCUGCGUGAGAUCCGUCGGUACCAGAAGUCCACUGAGCUGCUGAUCCGUAAGUUGCCCUUCCAGCGUCUGGUGCGUGAGAUCGCUCAGGACUUCAAAACGGAUCUGCGCUUCCAGAGCGCCGCCAUCGGCGCCCUGCAGGAGGCCAGCGAGGCGUACCUGGUGGGUCUGUUCGAGGACACCAACCUGUGCGCCAUCCACGCCAAGCGCGUCACCAUCAUGCCCAAAGACAUCCAGCUGGCGCGCCGUAUCCGUGGGGAGCGCGCCUAGACACUCGUUGUCCUGCUCCUUCCAUCCUUUCUGUCUGUCUCACUCUCUCUCUCUCCCUGUCUCUCUCUUUCUCUCUGUCUCUCUCUGUCUCUGUCCCUCUUCACUCGUCUCUCCCCUUCUUUCUUGGUAGAGUUUAGAAUAUCUGCGACGGGGAGGCCAAUGUGUUUCAGUCUACUAGUGCUGUCUCACUGACGCGUAGGGUACCUGUAUGUGCAUGUAACAGACGCUUCUGAUCGCUCGCACGUGUGCGCACACACACACACUCACACUCGUACACACCCACACACACAUACACACACACAAACAUAAAGAGUCGGAGCGUAAAACGAGGUCCUCCCUUGCCAAGCUGGGGGUUUGAACACAGGCACACACAUAUACACACACACUCAGCAUGAAGGAAGGUGCAAUCUGGGGUUAGUCUGCUUAAGGGGAGCGGCAACUUCCACAGCAGGGUGCUACUAAAACUGCCCCAGAGCACCUUCAGUUACCCCGUAUUUCAUCCCUGAUCAUAUUAGAAACCUCGUCUUGCCCUCAGAAACCCACGCACCCACCCACGUGUCUACACCCCUCUCCACAUCCGUGUGCACGUGUGCGUACAUGCAUGUGUGCGUGCGCGCGUGUGCAGGAUCAGCAAAGCCGAAAUCGUAUUCAACUGCAAACCAGCAUCUAUUGGUUAUAAAGUUGUUACUUAUAAUAUUGAUGAUUACUAUUAUUAUUGUUGAUGGUGUUUUUUUUUUUUCUUUCUUUCCUUGUUUUUUUUUCUAUGAUGCAUAGUCAUUCAUUGUUUUACCACUGUUAUGGGACAAAACAAACAAAACUACAAAAAAUUUGAAUGAGAUUGACUUUUUCGUAUUAUUAUUAUUAAUUAUUAUUAUAAUUUUUAUUAUAAUUAAUUUUCUUUUUGUUUUUUCUUUUCCAUGGUGAAUUGCCGAUCCUGCUCCUCCUGUUCAAACUUUCAGGCAGCCACAGGGGGGCGCGCGAAACCAGCCUCUCAUUCACUCUCACUGUUCUUCACACACCUCGAGUUUUCUCACUUCACUUUUUGAUUUUUGUCGACCCAGGAUGAUUUUUCAUUUUUUCUUCUUCUUUCUUUCCUCCACAGAUCGGCGUUUGUCCAAAUAAUUGUAGCAACAAAAAAAAAAAAAAGAGAUUUUGUCACGUUUAGUUUUUUGGAGUGUUUCGCUCUCUUUGUGUAGAUUCUCCUGCUCUCUGUCGUGAUACACGUGUAUAACCUCAUGUUCCUGUUUAUUUUUCUUAUUCAGAAAUUUAAAUAAGCUGAUCUUUGUAUUUUCCAAAUUUCUCAUACUAUGGUGGUAAUAAAUAGAUGUUACACAA